AGGAACCAGUUUGGAAAAUCCUUUUCACCGAGUAGCAUCGUCUCCUGCCGUUAUCGGACGACGGGCUCACCACCAAGUGGACAGCAGCCUGUCAUUGUCACAAAUGGAGACACUUUUUCUAAUCCGGCUGGUGUAUUUUAAAACUGCAAUGUAGUGUGCAGAAGGAACUGGUUUUAUUGUUUCGUUGUGCCUAAAAAACCCGAAAGCGGAUACGGAACAUUCCAAAACAGGGAAGAAGUUUUUCUCGUCUGCUGCGUAUGACGAAUUUUUGUUUCGCAAUCUGUUUUUCGAAAGCGUUAAAAGAGUGAAAAACUCAAACUGUUCGAGUUACUUAACAGGAUAAUCCGUUGUUUAAUGAGGAAUUGAGAAGAACCAGAGAUGUGAUAGGAUUAAAGAAGGCCAAAUGCGACAUAUUUGGGUUUUCUUCGAGGAACGAAAGCCCGACUAGGAGCGAGUGGUGUGAAGUUGGUGCUAAGUUUAAGUUUUUUCUUCGGGAAGGGGGCAGGUUUUGGAUUUCGGAUUUCGUUCCGAUGUCAAAGAUCUUUGAUCUCCAGAAGGUAGAUGGGAAAAUUGAUCGGUCAGUGGCAGUGUGGAAAAUUGAAUGAAAAUUUUCCCUAACCGUGCGGUGGUGUGAGUGUGAAAAAAUAAGAAAAAGGGCAAACCGGGAGAGAAAAAGUGCGUGCUCAGCAUCAAUGGUCGGGUGCGCGCGCGUUUGUAUGAGUGUGACUGCCACCAGGAGGACUGCCGCUUGUGUAACGUGAGUUUCGAGAAUUGGGAAAAAAGUCUGUUUGUUUUCAAACUCGACAAAGACGGGAUAAUCCUUGUGCGCGAGAGUGGGGGAGAGAGAGAGAGCAAGCAUAGUGAGAGAAAGUCCUGUUCAUGGCAGUACGUGCUGCCAGUCUAUAGAAAACACGUGUGUGUAGCCGCGUCUGAACCAUUACAAAGUUGUCGAUCGAUACGGCACUAGUUUUUAAAACCGACGAAGAAGUUAGUGUUGAAAAUAAAGCAACAAAGUGCGACGUACACAGAGGGGCUCGUUACUUUCGAAGAGAGUGAGAAAGCAGAGGGUCAGUGAAAGGGCGGUUGCCCCCAUUAUCCUAAAGUUCGAUUCGGCGUUUCGAGGGUGACAUUUUAAUAUCGGAAAACUCCGAAACGACCGAUUGCGACACGCGAACGAACGGACGAACGAGCGGACGACGACGGGUUGAAGGCUAUCCGUCACAUUUGGUCAGAACAGAAACAUGAUCCUGAUAGCUGGUGUCGAUAAUUACCUAAACGUUUCCAUGGAGACCACCACGUUUCUGGGAGCAGCACUCGGAUUCGUCGCCCUGCUGCUGGUUCUGUUUCUGUACAUCAACCGGAAAUGGUGCUUUGCGACACCCGGAAGCUUCCCGUGCUGCGAUGAGAAUACGCUUUCGGCGAAAACGGUGCACACGAUUCGCAGCCGAUUUGCGUACGAUGGAAAUUCGAGUUCCGACUCGGAGGAGGAAAUUUUGCGGCGGCUGAAGUUGCAACAAUCUUGCAGUUUACACAGUGGUCAGCUUUCGCGCUAUGGAGCCGGGGCUUUGGGACCGCUGGAUUCCGGUGAUCUGGUGCCCGGUCUUGGCGGUCUGCAGCAUGUUACCAUUGGUGCCCAGGGCGAACCGUCCGAAGUUGGCGGUUUGACACGGAAAGACAGCAAGAAGCAUGGUCAUCACCACCAACAGCAUCCUCAUCAUCAUGGCCAUCAUCAUCACGGUAGUCGUCGACACGGGUCGUCCUCGAGGGAUCCUCUGGCGUUGGCCGAACGGGGUAAGAUCGGGAUGCCCCACUCGAGUAGUGAGUGCAGUUCGAACAGUUCCGUUGAAGCUUCAGUUGAGAGUAAUACGGGGCUUGUGGGCGGAGAAAAGAAGGACCGCCGAUUGAUUCUGCCUUCGGCAGAUGGUAGAACACUGGGUAGUUCGGGGAGUUUAACGGGUAAAGAAACGCUGGCGGAUGGAAAGGAGUUUGGGAAUAACAAUGCUGGCAGUUUGACCGAGACGGCGAAAUAUAGCCGGAUGUCGGUUCAACGUCAGGAUAGUCUGGAGGAUGUGCCCGAUAUUAACAGCAAUCAGGAUUGCAUUGUGGUCCUCUCACAGGAGCCUCUUUUCGACACCAGCGAUUUGAAGUCUCUCAAGUCGGACGCCGGAACGAUCGGUCUCGGACCGGAGAGUCCAACCUCGACCAGCAGUCCGAAUGGAGUGCUGGAAGUGUCCCUGCUGUACGAUGCACCGAUGCGCAAGAUGACGGUGCAUGUGCUGCAGGCCCGUGGAAUUCCGUCCCGCAGCAGCAAUGCGAGUGUCGUGGCCAGUAGUGCACCGAACCCGGCUGAGGCGAGUGCCAAAACCAGCCAAUCGACGACGCACACCCAAGUCCGGCUACUGAUGUUACCAAGCAAAAAGCAAAAGCACAAAACCAAGAUUCGGUCCGGUGAGAAUCCACAGUUUAUGGAGAGUUUCUUGCUGCAUCGGGUCAACCCGGAGGAGGUGAACUCGAUGGGUCUUCGUAUUCGCGUGUACGGAUGUGAGCGAAUGCGGCGUGAGCGGUUGAUUGGAGAAGCGAUUGUCAGCUUCGCCAACAUCGAUUUGGAGUUGGAAACCAACCUGUGGUUACCACUGGAACCGAGGGCAAAUGCGGCGAACACCGGAUCAACAAGCGACCUGCUAAGUCUGGCGCGAUCGGACAGUACGGGUUCAACGACCUCCAUGCAGCACGGUGGUGUCUCCGAGCUGCUGCUUGGACUAGGCUACAACGGAACUACCGGCCGACUCACAGUGGAGAUCGUGAAAGGCAGCCAAUUCCGAAACCUUGCCCUGAACAAGGUACCCGACACGUACGUGAAGCUUUGCUUGGUCAGUAGCAUGGGACAGGAGAUGGCCAGGGCGAAGACUUCAACUCGCCGAGGUCAACCGAAUCCGCUGUUCAAGGAGACGUUUAUCUUUCAGGUGGCCUUAUUCCAGUUGAACGACGUCACCCUAAUGGUGUCGGUGUACGCGAAGCGGAACAUGAAGCGCAACGAGAUGGUCGGCUGGUUCAGCCUGGGGCUGAACUCGAGCGGCCCGGAGGAGAAUGCCCAUUGGGGCGACAUGCGGGACGCGAUGAACCCCCGAUCGGAGCUGGUGACGCGAUGGCACGUCCUGGUGGAUUCCUGAUUCAACUAGCUAGGGCUCUCCCCUCGGCAGAGCACGGUCAUCAGCGAGGAUAUCGUCGAAGUGGCGGUCGUAGCCGGAGGACGCCACAGUAAGAGCAAGCUGCGUCGCAGCUCGUCCGGGGCUGGGGUCAUACCCCAGCAACCGGAACUUGGGUUGCAGCAGCAGCAGCCGCAACCAGUAGAGCGGGUUGAUCGUGACUCGGUAGCGGUCGAUAUUUCGCUGAUGCCAGGGAGUGACCUAGAGUUUGUUUGAGCAACCAAACCCCUUUUAAACAUAAAGACGUAAAAAUUUAACCCGAAAUCUAGUUGUGCCAUUCAGUUUUUAGUCCGUGCAUGAUUGUUAGACGAGUUUUGUUUUGAACCGCAUCAUUUUGGGUGUUUCAAUCGUAACGCGUAACGUAAAUACAACCACACACACACAUACAGACAUUUUCUAGUUGUAAGAUUUCAUCUGUAAUCGUUGAAUGUUUUGAGCAGAAGAAACUAUUUUGCAUGGAAUGAAGAGGAAUAAACAACUGCUUUAAACAGAAGAAGGUAGAUGAUGAGCUUGUUUUGGAACGAUUUUAUCAAAGCAAAAAAAAAAACAGAAGCAAAAGAUUGUUUAGUGAGAAAGUGUGAGGUUAGGAGGAGAACCACAAACAACAAGCACAAAAUUAGGUACAGUUUAAACUGAAAAUUUGAACAAAUUGGAAUGUGGGAUGGGAAGUUCGAUUAGGCUUUUUGUUUUCUGUUUUAUCUAACACCAGGUGCUAUAGAUGAGAAGUCAGCUUUUUUUCGUUCUGUUUUACCAACAAAAAAAAAACAAAAACUGGCAGUUCCCUCCGACUGAGUUGGCAGUGCUCCCAAACUUGUUUCUUUUUUUUUUCGGUGGAUUGACAGUUUAAAAAUGUGAGAUUAAAUACUAAAGCAAAGCAAAAACUAAAAAAAGAACAAAUAAUUGGUGAUUCGUGCUACUUACUCGUAUUUUGUACCUGUUUCCGUGCAUAUAUUCUGUCCUGGUAAGUUGAGGAAGGAGAAAAAAUCAAAGAGGGUAUCCUAUUUAAAUAAGAUUAAAACCAAAAGCUGAAUCGAAGAUCUAUUAUCUAUCUAUUUACGAGAAUUGAAGAAAAAUUAUAUACUCGAAUUGGAGCAAGCAAAAAAACUUAGUUUGUUUUCUGUUUUGGGGAACACUAAAAAACGAAUAUAUUUAUUGGGUCAGUAGAGCCUAUAUUUUGUACUGAAACAUACAUACAUAAACAUACAACAAGCAGCAUGCAGGCAACCGUAUUAUUAUAUGAUUAUUACUAAAUACUAACGUGUUUUUGAAGUCGAAGAAGGAGAGGGUAGGAGGAGGAUGGAGGUCGAGAAAAAGAUAUGAUAAAAUUUGUACCUUUGAAAGGAAAUUUACUGUAAACUCAAUUGCGCACACACAUUUAUUGUUAGUCAAAAAAAAAUUAUAUCGUAAAACAUAUUACUAUGAAACGAAAGUUUAAAAUAACCUAGAAGAAAAGCUAUGAAUUAGAACGUAUUUUUAUGGAAGGUGCAACCGAAAAUCCGGUUGAAUGAUGGGCGGAAAAGAUUUUAGCCGAGACAUGCUUAGUCAAGCCAACAGAACCAAUAGUUUCUCCUGAUUUUCUCCGUUGAAAUCUUGCUUCGAACGCAUCAUCAUAUCAUGCCUUUUUCUCAUUCACAUCCAGAGACUGUUCACGGAAACUUAGCGGAAGCUUUAACAGAAAUAUUUAAAACUAUUCUAUUAAUCUUUUCCAACAUGCUUUGAAAUCGUCAGACAGUUGUUAGGCGUGGUCAAUUAUACGAAAGUUUCGAUAAGAGUUUGCGAAUAAAAAAAUACAAAAAAAAAAUUGGCGAUUUUCCCCACCUUCGGGAAACGAAAAAAAAAACAUUACAGGGUUGGCAAGACACAUAGCACGGCAUGCAGAACUCUUUAAAUCUUUUAAAAAUUAAACUACUAGCUACUAGAGGUCAUGUUUUACCAUUUAAUUUUUUUUUUUCUGUCACAUGAAAAUGUCACAAUUGCAUCACCGUUCAUAAUGUAGUAGAGAAGAAAAAAAAUGAAGAGCCUUUUAAAUUCAGUCUUUCAAUAUCACAAGUUAUCAGCAUUAGUCGAACUGCAAAAGCAAAAAAAAUCGUAUUCCUAUUAAGUGUUUUUGAAUCAUUCCCUACCAUUAAAUUCAUCACUUUCAUUAGUAGGAUAAUAAUAAUUAAAAGCAAAAGAUUUAAACUAAAGAAAAAUUCCAACCUUUUGACGUAUUUAAAUGUGAACAUAUUACAAAAAAAUACUAAAGCCAAAAUGUAACACACAUUAAUACACACGCACGUACGCGUGGGAAUAAUCGCAUCGUAAACAAAAAUAACAAACAAAAAAAACAUAGUUGAAAGAGAGACGCACGUGGUUUGGUCGUUUUAGAGCAAACCCGCGUGCCCGUGGUUUAAGAAUUGUGAAAUUUUGAAUCCAAAAACCAUUUUUGUAACCUUCAAAUGUGAGUCCCAAAGUUAUCAAACAAAAACACACACACCCCUGGUGAAAUUUCUGUCGAAAAAGUCCACAACAAAAAUCAAGCAAGCGGCGCUUGCUGCAGGAUUGCACUAGCAACAAAGGAAACAGCACAAUUUGCAGGUAUUUUUACCGCUAGACGUUUCAUCCUUACUAUCAACUAAUAUCAAAAGAAAAAAGUUGUACUUUGUGAUACUAUUUAGUGCACUGUGAAGCUUUUGUAGGCUGCAAUACAGAGCGGGAAGUGGAAGAGGAAAAGAAAUUAGUUGAAUUCACAGACAGACAACAAAAUGUAAAUAAAUUCCUUGUCCCAAAAUAAAACAAACAAACAAAAACGACAGUCCGCUAGAGGUGAUUCCAAGCGGAAUGCGGGAGAAAAGACCAAACGAAAGGCCAAACUAUUUUUCUCUACUGUGGAAAGCUUUACGGGAGAAAAUCAAACUAAACAAAACCGCAAAUCUAAUCAUUAUAUCUUCUCCACUUUGUAGUUAGUCAUCUUCUAAAAUGUCACUUUACAAACAUACAUACACCAAACCCAAAAAUUUAAGACGCACACAUUCCCUUGCGAGCAUGCAAAACAAAAAAAAAAAAAAACACCUUUUCAGUUCUAUGAUCGUAACUAUUUUGGAUGUGCUUAAAAUCGGUUUUUUCCCUCUUUCCUUUUGUCAUUGAAUCAACGAAUUACACGCUAAAUCAAGCAAAGUAAUCACACAAAAAAAAACACUCGCGUGUGCACACACACAGACACGCACGUAGUGGCAGCAGCGAAUUAACAAUUGUCAAACUAGAGUCGGCUAGAAGAGCAAGCAGUAAACUUUUGUGUUUCUAACUAAGACAAAAAAAAACAAAUAAAAAAACUUACUGUAGAGUAAAGAAGCAAAAAGCAUACAAGCCAAGAGUUGAACGAAAUGAUAAUGGUAAUUUACAUUCAAACAUUGGACAGGAGGGGGGACAGUCGUUUACCGUGGCGCAGGAGAAGGCCAACUUUAGUUAAGCAGUGCAGAAGAAUCAAGCUAAAAAAAGCUAAGGAAAACUAUUCCACACAACUUCUGAAUAAAAGUAAAAAACAAGUGAAAAUUAAGGAAAACUAAAAUUUCAUGCAUUUUUUACCGAAUAAUAAAUAAAACUGAAAGAAUCGUG